UUCCGCGGCAUUCGCGUCCGAGCGGUCCGUGUGAGCGAAGGUGGUCGCGUGCUCUCGGCGUAAUCCGUCUCGUCCGUGACUGCGCGCGUGUGGGUGACGUGCGCUCGCGCGCGCGCGCAAAGUAAAAAGAGAAUUGGAGUCUCGUAGACCCCGACGGCGGUUUUUCGUCGCACUUUUGCGCUCGCGUGCAGCAGCGGCGAACAGAUCGCUCACGGAGAAGUCAUGUUCGCCGAGCAUUGAACCGGAGCGUCUCGGCCACGAGAACGAACAAGUGACGACCGUGUGUGCGUGCACGACGUCGGAUCUCUCUCUUUCUCUUUCUGUUUCGGUGACUUUGUCGUCCGUCGUAUCCGGUGAAAGAAAGAUCGGCCAACAUGUACUCCGACGGAGGCCACGAAGUGGACGGCAGCUGGGUGCUGCGUGUUUACGUCACGGACCUGCAGGUCGAGAGAAGUUUGCGCGUGAAGGGCGAGCUGCACAUUGGCGGUGUCAUGCUGCGUCUCGUGGAGGAUCUGGAUAUCGCUAUGGACUGGUCGGAUCAUGCUCUUUGGUGGCCGGCGCGGAAUCACUGGCUCACCAGGACGCGCAGCACCCUGGACCAGUACGGCGUCGCGGCGGACGCGCAGCUGCACUUCACGCCGAUGCAUAAGACCCUGAGGGUACAAUUGCCGGAUAUGCGCUGCCUCGACUGCCGAGUCGACUUUUCCGUCAAGACGUUCAACGCGGUCAUCAAUUUGUGCAAGGAACUCGGCAUCAGACACCCGGAGGAGCUGUCGUUCUGUAAACCGCUCGAGCCGAAUCACCUGAAGUACAAUCUAAAGGAUCUGCCGGUCAAGAAGAAGACCGAGAAUCAGAAGAACGGUCAUUGGAAUGUGCCGGCCGAUACGAACACCUUCAUCCCAGCCAGCCAGAGUCCUAGGGGAUCCACGGGAAGCUUAGAUCAAUCCAAUCCGUUCAUGUGCGCGCCGGUUACGCCCAACAGAAAUCACAGCACGCCCAUCAGCUCGCCUGUCUCGCACACUGGCACAUGGAAAAGAAACAACAACUCGUCCGGCUUCGGCAGCACCGGCUCCUUCAAUGCCAACAACAGCACGAUGAGUCUGGAGGCGCUGAACGGCGGCUUGUCGGAGUCCUUGGCGCAGAGUCCGACGUCGAUCUCGCCGGAGGUGCGAGCGAAAUUAAUCAGGCCGAAGAGCUUGAUCGAGAGAGCGCGAAUGAACGUCUCCUGGUUGGACUCCUCCUUGUCGAUCAUGGAGCAGGGUAUUCGCGAAUUCGACACGCUCAGGCUCAAGUUCAAGUUCUACUCCUUCUAUGAUCUGAAUCCCAAGACCGAUGCGGUGCGAAUCAACAUGAUUUACGAGCAGGCUAAGUGGCAAUUGCUAGCUGAAGAAAUCGACUGCACCGAGGAAGAAAUGCUGAUGUUUGCGGCGCUUCAGGUGCAGGUGAAUCUUCAGGCGAGCGUGCCGCAACCCACCUACGACAGCAAUGGCGCGACUUCGCCCGUCGAGGAUGACAUUGACGCGGCCUUGACGGACCUGCAGGUAACGCUGGAAGGUAGCAACAUCAGCAACGGACCCAGCGACAUCACGCAAGUGCCUGAGCUCUGCGACGAGUUGCGUUUCUUCAAGCCGAAACGCUUCACCCUCAGGGCCUACAAGCGCUAUUGGUUCACAUGCCGGGACCUGCAGCUUCGGCUUUACAAGAGCCGUGAGGAAACCAGCGGCUCAGAGUCGCCGGCUUGCGUGAUUAAUCUGCGCGGCUGCGAAGUCACGCCGGAUGUACAUCUGUCGCAGAGUCGUUACGGGAUCAGACUGGAGGUGCCUAGCGCGGAGGGCAUGACGGAGAUGUGGAUCAGAUGCGACAACGAGCAACAGUAUGCGAAGUGGAUGGCGGCGUGCAGAUUAGCCGCCAAAGGCCGCACCCUCGCCGACGCGUCUUACGAGAGUGAGGUCAACAGCAUCAUAGCUUUCCUGCAACUUCAAAGACCCGCUCCCGCGCCGGCGAUCAACCCCAGCUCCUUGGACAUCGUUCCAGAAGACUACGUGGCGCCUAGAUUCGCGAAGAAGUUCAAAGGAAAGCUGGUCCAGAGGAUCUUAGAGGCGCACGCGAACGUCAAAGAUCUGCCGCUCAUCGAAGCAAAACUGAAUUACAUCAAAGCCUGGCAGUCUUUACCAGAAUACGGUAUUUCUCUUUUCAUCGUGCGAUUUACCGGCAAAAGUAAGGACGAGCUGCUCGGCAUCGCCAACAACAGGCUAAUGCGGAUGGAGCUUCACAGCGGCGAUCACCUGAAGACCUGGAGGUAUAAUACCAUGAAGGCAUGGAACGUCAACUGGGAGGUGAAGCACAUGAUGGUACAGUUCGAAGAAGAGAAUAUUAUCUUCGAGUGCCAAUCGGCCGAUUGCAAAGUCGUCCACGAGUUUAUAGGAGGCUACAUCUUCUUGUCGAUGCGUUCCAAGGAAGCGAAUCAGACGUUGAACGAGGAGAUGUUCCACAAACUAACUGGUGGAUGGGUCUAAUAACGCGACAAACGCGAUCUACGACGAGUGUGUAUAAAGAAGUUCUCUAACGCAUCUCUUCUAACGAGCGACGAUAAGGCACGCGUUCUGCCGACUUAUUUACGCGCAUCGCGUCAAUGACGAGCGUCUGUUUCAAGGACGGACGUUUAGUAAAACGUAGCCGUUCAUAAAACGGCUGACAUUUGUAAAAAUAGCUAAACCUGCCCGUCGGAUUUUAAUGGACUGUAGGCUGUAAAUAGAAAACACUGCGCGCCUUUUACGAACGAGCGCAAUGAAGAAGUCCAUUUUAGCGAUCGUAGAAUUACUUUUACUCGAUGAGACUAGAUAAUUCGAGAGGAAUAUUCACCGAUGUGGCCGUAAUCAUGUAAAAUACGACAAACUUCUAUUAAUAGUAUAAUAGCGGUAAUAUCAAAAUCAUCGACCUUUUUCCGUGAAAAAUUCAGUUUUAUAAAUUUGCGAUUACUGGAAAAAAAGUAAACAUGAUGAUUCUUUUAGAGAAGUUUACGAAAUAUGAAUUGUACUUUUAUACGAGAUUUUUUCUACUCACGAAGAAUCCGUCGUUAACUAUACCGAGCCUCACUCAGGUACGUCAAACGCACACACAGAUAAAAUUCUGGCAGUACAUGUCGCGACGUUACAAUAACGUUUCACUCGUCUAUUAUCGUGAAACUCGAACAGGUAAUUGCGAUUUUACCUGCGUGUCAGUGUUAUCUCAUUGUUAAACAAGGUGCUAUACGAAAUAUGACGAGCUCGACUAUGACGGCGUGAAAUAUCGAAUCGUGUAAAUUAUUUGUUAUUUUAAUGUAAAUUAGAUAUAGAAAAUAACUAUAUCAAUUAUAUCGUUACAUAAAAUAUUCACACGAGAUAUCGCGUUAAAUGUAUAUGUAACCAAAAAAAAAACAAGGUAUAGUUUUGUAUAUUAAUAGACAGUAACUGUAUAAUAAACUUAUCAUUAAUA